UAGCUGUCGCGCCUCUGUGUGGACUGCGCAUGCGCGUUCGGCGUUUCGCGGUUGCGCCAACAGAGGAUGUUGCUAGCAGCGGCAGCAGCCGCCAGUGUAGAUGCCUUUUUCCCCCMACAAUAACAUCAACUAAAUUUGCAUCUCCGCGUCUUUGAGCUGAGGAUUACCGAUUCCGGUCGCCGUCGGGACCCCCCGUGCUGCGGACGGCGACACGCCGAACCUCGGAGUGGACCUUCUGUUCGGUGUUGCGUGAACAAUGGGAGCGGAGGGGUUUGCAGGUUUACUGGGCUCCUUUUUUGCAGGAGCAGAAAGAAGAAUCAUGGYUCAACAGCUAGGCCGCGGGUGGAUUUCGUCGCCGUGAGCGAGCUUCAGUCGACGGUCAAAUACUGGAUGCAUUCUCGGUAAAAAGAGGUGCCACGAAGUCAGCGUGUUUAUCGCGAGAUAACUCUUCACUUUUGUUGUCUUUAUUUGGUCCACCAGAACAAGGGAACCCGUUAGCUUCACAACCUUGACUGGUUCUAGCCUCCGUAGCUAGCUGGCUAACGUUAGCUUGGCUGGCCGGAGUCGUUUUUGGAUUUAAUAAAAGCCCUUUUGGAGGAUUUUCUCUCACUGUCGGCUGUCCUGAAGCUUUUUUCUUCGCUGUUCCUUUCUGCAAAGUCGGCUCCUGGAUGAAUGUGGGACAAAAUGGAGACCCCGACGAUUGUGUACGAUCUGGAUACCUCUGGGGGCUUAAUGGAGCAAAUCCAAACGCUGCUGGCGCCUCCAAAGUCCGAAGACGUGGAGAAGAGGAGCCGGAAGCUGGUGAGAGACGUCCGGAGGAGCGGCAGAGCCACCAACCACGACACCUGCGACAGCUGCCGGGAGGGGGGAGACCUCCUCUGCUGCGACCACUGUCCUGCCGCCUUCCACCUGCAGUGCUGCAACCCACCUCUGAGUGAAGAAAUGCUCCCCCCAGGUGAAUGGAUGUGUCAUCGCUGCAACGUUCGAAAAAAGAAGCGGGAGCAGAAGAACGAGCAGACUAACGGCCUACCAGAGCGCUCCUCCUCUAAGCGCUCCGUAUCCCCCGCCAUGGAGCUGGAGCUCAGCGCCGGCCCGCUGCGGCUCGACGGGCUGCCUCCGGGUGCCGGAGCGGCGGGUCCCGGCCUGAGAGUGGCACAGGUCCGCCUCCUGGAGCGCCGGACCAGCAGCAGGCCGAGCAGCCGUCCUGGGACUCCCACGUCCAACACCUCGUCCACCCCGACCCCCUCGGAGGAGCAGAACGACGGGGAGGAGGAGGUGGCGGAACCAGAGGACGACAUUCCAGGAGCUGAGCCCGAGUGUGCGCCACCGUCAGCUCCGACGCCGCGCCUCCUCAAGAGGCCCUUUCAGCUCCUCAUAGCUGCAGCCAUGGAGAGGAACCCCACCCAGUUUCAGCUGCCCACUGAGCUCACCUGCACCACGGCACUGCCAGGCAGCAGUAAACGAAGGAGAAAAGAAGAGCUGCUAGGGAAACCGUUCAGGAGGCCUCAGCAUGAACUGGAUCCAAACGGCCUGGUCCCACUUCCUGUUAAAGUCUGCUUCUCCUGCAACAGGAGCUGCAGGUUGGCUCCUCUGAUCCAGUGUGAUUAUUGUCCACUUCUGUUUCACAUGGACUGUCUGGACCCCCCACUCACAGCCUUCCCCGCUGGAAAAUGGAUGUGUCCGAACCACGUGGAGCACCUGGUGCUGAACCAGAGGAGCCUGAGCUUGUCCAGCCGCUGUCAGCUCUUCGACCAGUUCCAGGACAGGAUCUCUCAGCACGCUGUCAAGGUGGACUUCCUCCGCCGGGUCCACCGACGGAACGCUCCCAAUCGGCGCUUUUCUCAUCAACAUUACAAGAAGACCAUGAAGGUAUGUGCAGGCAGCGGCGUGUGUGGAGCAGUGUUCUUGUUUGUUUACGUUGACAUCUUUAAAUCAAAGUUUCUGAGCACCAAUCAUCUGUGGAUCCUUUUCUUAGUCCACAUGCUGAUCAACGAUUUUACUGUUCCACUUAACAUUCAGCGUGUCGUUUUGUAUUCGUUUUAUUUUGUAGUAUCRUAUCUGUUUCCUGUUCAGCCUGUGUCUGUGUGCAAUGCAUCAAACUUGACGUCUAGGCCCUCCUCUUUCGAUGACACCUCAUUUGACCAACUGGGUUCAAGUUUCGGCUGUCUAGGGCCAGUAAUAUGUCAGUAUGUUGCUGCUGUUGAAGCCCCUGUGAUGUUUCCCUCCACAGAGCUGAAGGCUGGUCCUGCUCUGCUGCCCGGUGCACUUUCUUCUGUCACAAACCUCAUGUGCAUGAACAGUGAGCGGGACGACGGGGAACACCAAGCAUUAUGAGCUGCUGAAUUACAGCGAGCACGGCACCACGGUGGACAACGUCCUGUACUCCUGUGACUUCUCAGAGAAAGCCUCGCCGUCGCCCCCCAGUGGCCUGGUGGCCAAGGUUCAAGGCAUUAUCC